AUGUCGACUACCUCUACAUACCUCCAACUCGAUGAGUUGAAAAAGACUCCUACUACUUUCCAUCACGACAUUGCCCAGUCAAUCUCGGACUUCACAAAUGAUACAACUUCCGAAAGUGAGCCUCCAUCGCCGCGGUCGGAAACAUCGAGGCAAAGUGUCCUUCUCUUGAAGGGAGCCCGUGAACAAUACUCCCUUGUGGAUGACCAUGCUAUCCCCUCAGUCCUACAUGAAGAAGAGAUUCUUGUGAAGGUUCUUGCAAUCGGACUCAACCCUAUCGACUGGAAAGGACCGGCAUUUAACUUUGGUAUCCCCAGCCUACCAUGGAUCAACGGACGUGAUCUAGCGGGCCUCGUCCUGCAAGUCCCAAAGGGAUCAUCACGUCUCAAAGUAGGAGAUAUCGUCCUCGUCCCAUCAACGGACUAUCGCGACAUUAGGAAAGCAGCAUUCCAAGAAUAUGCCAUCGCCACAGAUUUCAAUGCUGCACGAAUUCCUGCCUCCACAUCCAUCCACGCCGCCUCCUCGGUGGGAGUCGCAUAUGUCGCUGCCGCACUAGCCCUAGGUGUGUCAUUCGGCCUCGACUUCUCUCUCAUCAAAAAGGCCCCUGGCCCCAACUUACUCAACAUCAUCCAUCAACUUGACAAAGAUGAUAUCCCCGACGACAUCAGAGAAGAAUGCUUUGCCUCCUUCCUAGACUCUGAGAAACCACAACCAGGAGAAUGGAUCGCCAUCUGGGGAGCCUCAACAACAACAGGCCUAAUAGCCCUCCAAUUAGCAAAACUAGCCGGCCUCCGCAUAAUCUGCAUAGCUGAUAUAGCCCGCCACGGCGCAAAACUCCACGCAUCAGGCGCCGAUCUCCUAAUCGACCGCCAUGACCAAAACAGAGCAGUAGAAAUUAUCCGCGGCGUAACAAAAAACAAACUCCGCUACGCAAUUGACAUUGUCGGCAACGAAACGGCAGCAACGCUUGAAAAGACUCUCAACCCUGAUGGCCAUGCCCAUCUUCUUGGUUUGACUGGUUUGCCCAAGGAGCGGAAUUCGGGAAUACGGUAUCAUACUGUUCCUAUUAAGCUUUUCCAUUCUGCUCCGAAGGUUGGUGAGGCUAUGGUUUGUUGGUUGGAGGACUUGUUGCAUUCGACUAAUCUUACGCUGCCUGAGAUUGUGAGGGCUGAUGGGGGGCUUGAAGGGAUUAAUGGCGCGCUUGAGACGUUGAGGAGUGGGUCUGUUUCUGGUAAGAGGAUUGUUGUUGAUCUUGCUUCUGCUUCUUUGGCUUAG